AUAAACAAUCGAGUCCGUGUUUACAUGGAAAAUGCAGGGGAUUUACCGAAUAUUUCCGCGCGAUAUUUUAAAUUGUGCUUUUCAUGCAGAAACCCUAUCUUGUAUACUAAUUCGUCACGAAGGUAGUAUGUACGUUUGAGACUCCCUGGAGAGGACUGACAGGUUUGGUCGCUAGGUGGCGUGGUUAGGAUGGACGACAGAGAGCGCUCCAUACUGAGGCGGAGUAGAAGUCUGUUCAUCCGGGACCUCGUGGAUGUUGUCACGGUGUGUGAUCGCUUGUACCAGAGGGAGGUGCUCAGCGAGGGGAUGAAGAACGAAAUAUUGUCCGAGACCACAAGAGAAAAUCAAAUUCGUACACUGAUGGAUAUGAUUCCAAAGCGAGGCCAGAAAGCUUAUGGGGCGUUUUAUGACGUUUUGGAAGAAACUUACCAGUACAACCUCGCCAGUAUUCUCUACCCUGGGGGUCGACUAAACACAACUCCAUAUCCUCCAAAAGCAGCAAUAGAACCUCGGCAGUAUGUUGGGUUACCUAAGACGCCUCUGCACAACUGGAUGACAGGGGCAAAGCGAGAACCGAUGGAGUCUAUCGGAGAAUUCCAGGCGCACAGGAAACCUGUAGAGUCCUUUGAUGAUGACCUCGUGGUGCCAAGUAUGGAACUUCAUCCGGAACACCACAAAUCCUUAAAAGAGAAAGAUUUUCGGAAGUUAAGAACUACGGAAGAGGAUUUUGUCUUUCCAUAUGAUUGGCCGUCUGAGCAGGACCAUGCACAGUCUAUGGAUUUCCAAAUCCGCCUUUCUCAACGUCCACAGGGUGAUUCUAAAGAGGACGAGCUUGCUGUCUACCGAAUGAAAGAAGCAACCCGAGGUAGACUAGUUAUUAUCAAUAACUUCCUGUUUGGUGAUGAGGUGGACAAAGAAAGAAUGGCACGGUCCCAGCAAGACGCCACAAGUUUGGACGUUCUCUUCAAACAGUUACACUUCCAGACAAAACAACACAGCAACCUAACGCUAAAGAACCUCUCCAGUGUGCUUGAGGGAGAGAGAACACGUGACCAUGCCUCUCUGGAAUGCUUUGUCAUGGUGAUCAUGUCACGUGGUGACGGAGAACGUCUGUUUGGCGUUGAUGGUUAUAAAAUAGACACUGACACAAUCAUUUCCAUGUUUGAUAGUGAGCAUUGUAGCUAUCUUCGAGGGAAACCGAAGGUUUUUAUUUUUCAAACAUGCAGCGAUGCGCCUAAAUCAGGCACCGCCGAGUUCCAAAAGAAAUCCAAAACACCAACAUCUUCGUCUUCGCUUACUUUAGAGGAUUCUGGCGACUUGAGGGCAGACAUGUUUGUUGUCAAGGCAACAAAAGACGUCGAAGUUAGUUAUAAUGGAGUUUUUGGUUCAAGAUUUAUUCAAUCUUUGGUGUAUCUCAUGAGAAACUUGGUAUGCGAAGAAGAUUUCGGAGAAAUCGUUAAAAAGAUAAAUCACCUUAAUGCGGUCAGCGAGCCAGAGAUAGUGGAGUAUACAAGUUCAUUUACCAAGAAGUUAUUUUUUAAUCCCUGAAAACCUACAAACCUAGAUUUUUUCGAUAUCAUGUUUUCAAAAUACCACAAAAAUAAACCCGGGGCUACUGCAAUGUGAAUAACUUUUGACAAGUACAAUUUGUUUAGUGUGGUGAAAUUCUGGUGAAGAACUAUAGAAUUCUUCAAAUUUUGUAUGUGUUUUGGAUAAUGAUUUGACUCUGUACGUGUUUUUCUGAAUAAUCCAAUAAUAAUACUAGCAAUGUUUUUUUUAAAUUUACAAGCACAGUAUUUACACAAAAGGAAAUGUUUUUUAACAUAUUUUAUUAAAAAUGUUAAUUAAUAUCCAAGUGCAAUAGCACUCACGAUCAUAUUAAAUAGUACCUCACAUUUCAGAACAUUAAUUGCAUGUACAGUAUAUCGCUCACAAUUGACAGUAAACACUGCCAUUAUGGCUGAAUUGUUCAGCCACUUGCCUGCCAAACCACUGCAGACUACUAGUUUAAAAAAUGUUUGCAGUAUUGUUAUUAUUUUGUUCAUUGUACUUUCUUCAAUUUUUUAACAUUAGGUAGUUCCGUUUUCUAAGUAAUAUAAUUCAUAAAAAAUUAGAAUUUUUUUUUAGGGGGGGGGGGGUAGUGACAAAGAUGUUUCAUUUUACACCAUCGUCAAAAACCAUAUUUUAAAAAAACCAUGGGAAUCGAACUGUUUACUUUGAGCUAAUGGUCAAUUCCACUUGUUUAAAGCAAUAUAUCUCAUGUCAAAUAUUUAUUAUUAAGGUGUACAUAUCCAUUCACAUUCACAUUCUGGACAGAACUUAUAACAUGAAACACAUAACCAACAGUAAAAUUAAUCAGAUAAAAAGUUGUCUAUUUCAUACAUAACUAUAGCCUAUAAAAUAUCUUUCAGUAAU